ACAAUUUUUCUUGGGAUAAAAUUAGCUAUAAAGUAAACAAAACUUGAUUUCAUGCAUUGUGAGUAAUGCAAAAAUAGGUUUUGAAGAGAUACAAGCUGCUUCGGAGUGGUCUCCAAAUGUUGAGGCUCAUGCCCAGUGACUGGCCCAGCUGUGUCGGCAGUAUGGAUCCAUCACAGCAAUAGCUUGCAAAAUGACAAGAGUCUUGAGCCCUCUUCUGGCCUGGCAUGCAUCUCUUUCCAAACAACCCUUCAUGGCUGCAGCUAUGCAAAGAAUUCCAGUGUCAUUAAGCUGGGCAGCACACGACAGAAGAACACAGGGUCCAGCUUCACAACGAACACUCACUACAAGUCAAGUUGCUCCAGUGAUUGUUGCCAGGCCAACAAGAGCUCUUUCAGAUGACAAAGUAGAUAUCAUUGUGGAAAAUCUCCAACCAAAUCAACCAGUUACACUGUAUGCAAUGCUAAUGACAGAACAGAAGAAGUUAUUUGAAUCUUUUGCCCACUAUGUCAGCAACAAAGAUGGAACUGUUCAAGUUGCUGAGGAUGAAUCUUUGGGUGGUUCGUAUACUGGGUGUGAACCCAUGGGCUUUAUCUGGAGUCUUACGACUGCUCCAGAAACUCCAAGUGGGCUCAGAGUGAGAAAAGAAGAUGUCACAACACCGUUUAUUGUUCAUGUCUCAGUCUUUGAUGGUCAUGUUUUUGAAAGAAGUCCAAACAAAACAGCUCUAGCUGUCAUAGAAGUGGAACGGUGGUUCAUGGCUCCUGGAGUCAAGCGAGUAAAAGUUCGUCAAAAUGGAAUUGUUGGAACACUUUUCCUACCACCGGGUCCUGGUCCAUUCCCUGGAGUGAUGGAGCUGUGGGGAGGUGCUGGGGGCCUAAAUGAAUUCCGAGCAGCUCUGCUGGCAUCCCAUGGCUUUGCUACCCUUGUUGUCGCAUACACAAACCAUCCUGAUCUGCCAUACCCAAAUUAUUACAUUGGAGUGUCUGAUGACUAUUUUCAGGAAGCAUUCCAUUUCCUCCAGAAUCAUCAUCAGAUUGCAAAGGACAGAACUGGAAUCCUUGGACAUUGUAUCGGGCAAUACAUUGCAUUAAGAAUGGAAAUUGAUAUGCCAAAUAUCAGACCCCGGUGUAUUGUUGGAAUUAAUGGCGGCCAUUACUGGCCUGUAGAUGGAAAAACUGGCUACAUCUUUGAAAUCAUAACAAAGAAGCUGAUGAACACUCAACAGUAUACUGAAGAUAACCCUUUGUGCAUGAAGCCCUUUAUGACUCAUCUCCUCAAUAAGCCUUCUUGUCAUCUCGAUGUUGGAAAAAUUCGGUGCCCGAUAUUAUUGUUUUCAUCAGAGGAUGAUCAAGCAUUUGCAGCAAAAGAAACUUCACUAGACAUUGAAAGAAAAAUGAAGUUGGCUGGAAACUCUCAUCUGCUUACCAGAGUCACAUAUCCUAAAACUGGCCACCUGAUAGAACCACCUUUUGCCCCUGUGACACCAGUGUCCUUUUCUCCAAUACCUGGCAUUGAAGAUAAAGUGUGGCUGGCAUGGGGAGGAGAGAAAAGAUCUCAUGCACAUGCUCAGGACGAUUUAUGGCAGCGCACUCUCAGUUUUCUGAAUCAGCAUCUCGUUCUGUCUUAGGGCCUAAACUUUGCAGCAUCCAGUUUCCUCACUAAACAUCUGAUGUCAUGACAUAAGCUAAAACUACACUUGCAUUUUUAUUCCACUCUAUUGUGACAGCCGGUGUGUAAAAUAAAACUGAAAAAGUAUGAUUCUAACAUAUUUCAGUGACUCGACUGUGCUGUUUUCUGGAAACUCUUAAAUUAUUUACAUAUAUGGAUGAAGACUUUCCUAUAAGAGCAAAGCUUUUCAGAAUCCAGCAUACUCAAGUAAUAUGUCUCAUUGCUAAAUGUAAAAAUUUAUUCUGCUCUGUAUUUGUUUGUUCAUGUACUUGUGUGUUUCAAUGUUGUUUCCAGUUUGAUAAAUCCAGUCAUUACAUGAGCAACACAUGUGCUGUCUGUUUAAAUUACCUGAUCUAUGUCUAUCUCGAAAUCAUAUCCAUUUCAAACUGAAUAACUGGAAUGAAAGACAAAUGACUGUUUGAGACAGCAUUCAUAAGUUGUUGAAUAAUAAAUAUACAUCAAUGUGUAAGAAA